UUGUCGGCGAGUGUGUGCAUUAGCUGCUCGGUGCCUGCGAGCGUCGGAGGGGCUGGCGGUGCACUGCAUGGCGGCUGGAGUACAAGCAGGCCGGCCGAGGGUCUUCUGGCCGGAAGAAUUCUGACCUCGGAACCCGCCAUCCUCCGCACCGCUUCCAAUUACCAGUAACAUCCCUAAGAGGCAUCCGAGCCUGGGACUCUGCUCCUGCUCGGAAACCGUCCUGGCCAAACUCGGCCCUCCCAGCUCUCGAAGAUUACCGCAUCUUUCUUCCUGGCGUAGAGAAAGUUGGGUCGGACCUGAAUCCCUAAAACCCGAACCGCCUCCGGCCCUCGCGCCAGCAGCUCGUCCGGAGCCGAAUCGCCGGUGGCGGUGGCGGCGAACGGACCCGGGAGUUUCCCCUCGCACUGGAUGGAGCUGAACUUUGGGCGAACAGAACAGCGCGGCGGUCUGGAGAUUGCUGCAUGCUGAUCUCUCCCGGCGAGACCCAGCAGCGGCUGGUGAUUUUUUUUGGGGGGGGGGGCGGGGAGCAGCUGCGCGCCGGCAACAUGUUCCUGGCAACCCUGUAUUUCGCGCUGCCGCUCCUGGACGUGCUCCUGUCUGCCGAGGUGAGCGGCGGGGACCGGCUGGACUGCGUGAAAGCCAGCGACCAGUGCCUGAAGGAGCAGAGUUGCAGCACCAAGUACCGCACGCUCAGACAGUGCGUGGCGGGCAAAGAGACCAACUUCAGCCUGGCAUCGGGCCUCGAAGCCAAGGACGAAUGCCGCAGCGCCAUGGAGGCCCUCAAGCAGAGGUCGCUUUACAACUGCCGCUGCAAGCGGGGCAUGAAGAAAGAGAAGAACUGCCUGCGCAUCUACUGGAGCAUGUACCAGAGCCUGCAGGGAAACGAUCUGCUUGAAGACUCCCCAUAUGAACCAGUUAAUAGCAGAUUAUCUGAUAUAUUUCGGGUGGUCCCAUUCAUACCAGAUGUUUUCCAGCAAGUGGAGCACAUCCCCAAAGGCAACAACUGCCUGGACGCUGCCAAGGCCUGCAACCUCGACGACACGUGCAAGAAGUACAGGUCUGCGUACAUCACUCCAUGUACCAGCAGCAUGUCCAACGACGUCUGCAACCGACGCAAGUGCCACAAGGCCCUCCGGCAGUUCUUUGACAAGGUCCCCGCCAAGCACAGCUACGGGAUGCUGUUCUGCUCCUGCAGGGACGUUGCCUGCACGGAGCGCAGGCGGCAGACCAUCGUGCCCGUGUGCUCCUAUGAAGAGAGAGAGAAGCCCAACUGUUUGAACUUGCAGGACUCCUGCAAGACGAAUUACAUCUGCAGAUCUCGCCUUGCGGAUUUUUUUACCAACUGCCAGCCAGAGUUGAGGUCUGUCAGCAGCUGUCUAAAGGAAAACUACGCUGACUGCCUCCUCGCCUAUUCGGGGCUUAUUGGUACAGUCAUGACCCCUAACUACAUAGACUCCAGUAGCCUCAGCGUGGCUCCCUGGUGCGACUGCAACAACAGUGGGAAUGACCUAGAUGAGUGCUUGAAAUUUUUGAACUUCUUCAAGGACAAUACAUGUCUUAAAAAUGCAAUUCAAGCCUUCGGCAAUGGCUCCGACGUGACUGUGUGGCAGCCAGCCCUCCCAGUACAGACCACCACUGCCACCGCCACCACAGCCUUCCGGAUCAAGAACAAGCCCCUGGAGCCAGCAGGGUCCGAGAAUGAAAUCCCCACUCAUGUUUUACCACCUUGUGCAAAUUUACAGGCUCAGAAGCUGAAAUCCAAUGUGUCGGGCAGUACGCACCUCUGUCUUUCUGACCGUGACUAUGAGAAGGAUGGUCUCGCUGGUGCUUCCAGCCACAUAACCAUAAAAUCAGUGGCUGCUUCCCCAGGCUGCAAUCCGAGCUCACUGCUGGUUCUGGUGGUCCCAGCCCUGUCCACCCUCUUAUCUUUAACUUCAGCAGAAGCAUCGUAGCUGCAUUUACAAACCACUAUGGACAUGUAAAAAGACAAAAAAAAAAAAAAAAAACAAGUUAUCUGUUUCCUGUUCUCUUGUUUCUCUGAAAUUCCAGUUUUAGGAGCUCAGUUUGAGACACUGCAAAAACGGUUUCAUUCAACUGGAAUUUUGUUGUUUGUUUGUUUGUUUGUUUAAAGAAAACUUCCUGUGGUACUUAGGAGCUUCUGUGGAAUAGUUGAUGCAGUGCUUCAUUCUAAACUCAAAAGGCAUUGGGGCAUGCUAUAAUUGAAAUGGCUGUAAAACAAACCGGGGUCAUGUUUGUCAUGACGGGGAUGAUGAUGAUGGUGAUAAGGAUGAUAAUGGUUUUAACAAUUUUAACUCUGGCCUGUACUAGCCAGAGAAUGAGUUAGUAUUUCUAAAGAAUCUUCCAUCUCUCAUGUAAUGGCUUUGAUUUCUAAUGACACAGACUUGGAUGCCAAGCUUUUUUGUCACAAAGUGAAGAUUCUCGCCAAGGGUAGACUUUGUGAAAAUAAGCUUGUACAGAUGCUCACCUUUCUAUAUGUACUAGCAUUUUCCUUGCUCAUAGUUGUGUAUCGUAAACAGUCCUGCACUCUCCCACAAAACAAAAAACACCUGUCACCUCCAAAUGUAGUAUGUGUCUUUGAGUCACAAUGGUGAGUGUGAGCUUGAAACCUCACAGUAUCUUGGUCAUUGAAUGGCACUAUCCUAAGCCUUACCUUAGUGAGAAGCCCUUAAACUAACAAGAGUCACAUAUAGCUCAAGCUUCACCGUCAUACUCUUUACACCUAUGAGGUUAUAUGUAGAAAAAAAUUUUACUACUAAAUGAUUUCAACUAUUGGCUUUCUAUAUUUUGAAAGUAAUGAUAUUGUCUUCAUUUUUUACUGAUGGUUUAAUACAAAAUUCAUGGAGCUCGUUUUCCUCACAUGCAACAGUGUUAUCCCCAGUAUUUACUUCACAAAUACAACUCUUCAAAAGCUGACCCCGAGCAGCCUUGUGCUUUAGCAGAAAGUUCUGCAUCAUGUUAUUGUGGACAGGCAGGAGGAAGCAGAGCAACCUGGCUUGGUCUUCUAUAAUUUCUUGAAAAGCAAGUACAUACACCUGUGAGGAAACCAGCGGCCACUUGUAAAUGUUCCGCAGCAUCUAAUGGCACAUUGCCAGGUAACGGAAUCCAGUACUUUGGUUUUCAUGUUACUGACAAAGGCAGUGCUGGUUGGAAUGGGGGGGGGGGGCAGGGGGAGUGUCCCACCUUCUCUUUUCAAACAAUUCCAUCCCAGGGUACACAGUUCUUUCCCUAAGGAUUGUUAUUACUCCCAACUGUGAUGGCUUGGUCGCUGUUUAGAGCUGUUUGGUCUGAAGAUCAUCAGGAAUCUACUUGCAUCUUGUUGCAUGUCCUCCAGGAUGUACUGUGACUAUGCAAAAAAGAAGGAAGGUGUGUGGAUCAAGAGGUUCAGCAUUAGGUCUGUAGAGACUAGUUAGUGGGCCCAGAUAAACAGAACUGAAACAGGAUCCUUGUUAUCGGACCUCGGGCUUUGGUAGCUGAACAUCUUCCCUGGUCCUCUUCCUUACACUAAAGUGCACUUUCGGAGUCUGGGUCUCGGUGGCAAGAUUCGGAAUCAACAAUGAUUGAGUGCUAGUGUCACGUUUCUCCAAAACUGAAUAAAGGAAAGGAACAUUAGCUUUCUUUCCACAUCAGUGGAGGGGUUGGAGGAGGAGUCCCCUGUGCACAUUUCAUACCGAUCCCCUUUGCCCACUGAUGCUUUCCUUGUAAGAAUCAAUCAGAUUACUGGGGGGAAAUCUAUUAAAUCCAAGUUAAAGGCGUAGUCUUUUAGCUCUCUUGGUAUUUGAAGUGCAUUUAUAUUCAAAUGUUAAUAAACACAAAUAUAUAAUACUAAGUACUGACUUUUUUCACUUCCAAAUAUUUUCAAGGGAAAUUCAUCAAACGCCAAACAGUGUUUGAUAAGUGAAAAGUUUCAUCAAGACUCUUGGGUUGAAAAACACAUUAUGUGUGUUGGAAUAUUUGGAAUGUGUCAGCUAUGAGAAUAUAUCUGUCACUGAGCAUAUUUUGUUUAAAUUAAAGUAUCUCUCUGUAUCUAAA